GGGCAUGUGUUGCCAUCCUGCGACUUCUUCGCCGCUAUUCAAUCCCAUUAAAUACCACCACCGGCCCAGGGCGCUAGGGCAUCGCCUUGCUUCACACAACGCCAUGGGCUCCCUCGCCGCCGCCGACGAGCCGCUGCCUCCGCUCCGGUACCCUCCGGCUCGCCGCGACGGCGACAUUGUUGACGACUACCAUGGAGUUCUCGUGCCGGACCCCUACAGAUGGAUGGAGGAUCUGGAGUCCAAGGAGGUGAAGGAGUUCGUGGAGGCGCAGUCUGCCGUGGCCGACGCCGUGCUCUCCACCUGCGACCACCGCGGCCGCCUGCGCGGGCAGCUCACGGCGCUCCUCGACCACCCGCGCUACCGCGCCCCGUUCAAGCGCCGCGGCAGCUACUUCUACUUCCACAACCCCGGCCUCCUGCCCCACGCCGCCCUGCACGUCCAGCACGGGCUGGACGGCGAGCCCGGCGUGCUGCUGGACCCCAACGCCUUCAGCGACGACGCCACGGUGUCGCUCUCCAUGAUCGGCGUCAGCGACGACGGCGAACACCUGGCCUACGGCACCAGCGGCAGCGGCAGCGACUGGGUCACCGUCAGGGUGAUGCGCGUCCGCGACAAGCACCGCCUGCCCGACUGCCUAUCCUGGGUGAAGUUCUCGCGAAUUGCGUGGACGUGCGACGGGAAGGGCUUCUUCUACUCGCGUUUCCCAGCUCCAAAGGGGGACGAUGGCGUGCAGAAUUCUGGGAUCAGGACUGACAUUAAUCUCAACCACGAAGUUUACUACCAUCUCCUUGGAACUGACCAGUCUGACGACGUCCUCUGCUGGAAUGACCCCGAGCAUCCCAAGCACAUAUACACCCCUGAAGUUACAGAGGACGGCAAGUAUGUGCUUCUGUCUGUUUCAGAAGCUUCAGAACCGGUCAACAAGUUGUACUACUGUGACCUCUCAGCUCUUCCUCACGGGCUAGAAGGCAUCAAGGGAACCCGAGACAUGCUUCCUUUUGUGAAGCUUGUAGACGAAUUCGAGGCAUACUACGGAGUCAUCGCCAACGAUGACGCCCAAUUCACAAUUCUCACCAAUAAAGAUGCUCCGAGGUAUAAAUUGUCGCGGGUCGGCAUCGACAAUCCACAGUCAUGGGUCGAUGUUAUACCUGAAGAUGACAAGGCUGUGCUAGAAUCGGCCUGUGCCGUCCACGGGAACAAGCUUCUGGUGAACUACUUGUCAGAUGUCAAGUAUGUGUUGCAGGUGAGGAGUUUGAUCACUGGGGAGUUGCUCCAUGACAUACCCAUCGACAUAGGCAGCGUCAAUGGGAUCACCGGAAGGCGUGUCGAUUCCGAGGUGUUCAUCGAGUUUGCCGGCUUCCUUACCCCAGGAAUCAUUUAUAGGUGUGAUCUGAGCGCCGAGACUCCUGAGAUGAACAUAUACAGAGAAAUUUCAGUUCCUGGUUUUGAUCGCACGGGCUUCGAAGCAAAGCAGGUGUUUUACCAAAGCAAGGACGGAACGAAGGUGCCCAUGUUCAUCGUCUCCAAGAAGGGCAUCGACCUGGACGGGUCGCACCCGACUCUGCUCUACGGCUACGGCGGGUUCGGCAUGAGCAUGACGCCGCAGUUCAGCGCAGCCCGGGUCGUCCUCAUGAGGAACCUAGGAUUAGUGACGUGCAUUGCCAACAUCCGGGGCGGCGGAGAGUACGGGGAAGGCUGGCACAGGGCCGGGUCGCUCGCGAACAAGCAGAACUGCUUCGACGACUUCAUCGCCGCCGGCGAGUUCCUCGUCUCCGCCGGUUACACGAGCCCGAGCAGGCUGUGCAUUGAAGGAGGGAGCAAUGGAGGCCUCCUGGUAGCCGGCUGCGUGAACCAGCGGCCUGGUCUUUUCGGGUGUGCUCUUGCUCAUGUGGGUGUCAUGGACAUGCUUCGGUUCCACAAGUUCACCAUAGGUCGUGCCUGGACCUGUGAUUUCGGCUGCUCGGAGAACGAGGAAGAAUUCCACUGGCUUAUCAAGUACUCCCCUCUGCACAACGUGAGGCGGCCAUGGGAGAAGUGCGCCGGCGGCGGCGGCGACCACCGCCAGUACCCUCCGAUCAUGCUGCUGACGGCGGACCACGACGACCGCGUCGUGCCCUCGCACACGCUCAAAUUCCUCGCGACGAUGCAACACGUGCUGUGCACGAGCCUGCAGGAGCACGGCAGCCCCCAGACGAACCCGAUCGUCGCCCGGAUCGCCCGCAAGAGCGGGCACGGCUGCGGUCGCUCCACGCAGAAAAUCAUCGACGAGGCUGCGGAUCGUUACGCGUUCGCGGCAAAGAUGAUGGGGCUCUCCUGGAUCGACUGAGUUGAUUCUCCGCACGGACUUAACACGGAUCGGAGUCAAGAGAUCGGAGGCGAUUGUGACCCUAGACAGCUAUUGUAAUACGUGGACAACACGACGCUCAGAGCCUCCCCUCUGGUUGUUUAUUGUGCAAAUCUAGCGUUAACUGAGAUCAUGCGGUUCAGAGUACAGUAUUACCCAAUCAGCAUGAAGAUGUGUGCUAACCGAUGUGGAACAAACAAAAUGUCGCUGCAGUUGAUAUAUGCCACUCUAAUUCUUGCGUA